AUGUCAUCUAAUCAUCAUCUAAGUAUACCUCAAAGUCCACCUCAUACAGCAACCACGUCUACAUCUACCCCCGCAUCCACCCCGUUUAAUCCAAGAACUCAUAGACACAAAAGAUCACAAGCUAUACUGGGAGAUUUUGAUGGUUUGGGACUAUUUAAUAUACCACCACCACCACCAGUAUCAUCACCAGGUGGUGCAUCAGCAGCAGCAGCAGCAGCACAAUCAAUACCCUACAAUGGCAGUACAUCACGCUCAUCAUACUAUGGUCAUCGUUCAGCCUUAUCCAGCAAUAAUGUCCUUGGUAUAACUGGCAGUCCAGCUCGUAAUAAUAAUAAUAAUAAUAAUAAUAACAACAACAACAACAACCAUGGAAAUAGAACAAUAUCAACAUCUGCACCAAAGGAAAGAGUUGUUGGAUUUGCUGACCAUACACCUAGAACUAAAGCAGACGACGAAGACUAUGCAUUGGAUCGAUACUUUCAUUUUAAUAAUAAAGAGGAUUUUGCUAAUCCGAUAGACACCGGGUUUGCCUUUCCCAAAAGUGAAUUCGAUCACGACACAGAAGAGGACGAUGGUGGUCAUCAUCGUCAUCAUGACUUGCAUAACUAUAGUACUUCACCUCAUUCAGGAGUGACUUACACCACAAAUUUCAGGAAAAGUUUAAGCUCGCCCAUACAAUUAUCCAAUAAACUAUCUCACUCAUCAUUACGACAACAAAGCACACCAUAUUUACUGCAAUCACCUCGACAUUUGACUUAUCAAUUGCUGCAACUGCAUUUACAGCCGCAGUCGCAGCCGCAACCGCAGCCACAACAACAUGAAGAACAGGAUGUACCUGAUGCCAUGAUUGACUUGGAUUAUAUUCUUACUGCAAACUUGCAUAUUGGACUGCAGCUUCACGAUGACGCCAUUUUCAGUACUGAUGACUUCUUGGGCUCACCAGCAAUUGCCGAGGAAGAAGAUACAACGGAGGAUAGGACUACAGUUGCGUCAUCCACAACAACGACAGCAGCGAGGCCAGCAGGAACGGAAGAAACCGCAGGAAUAGCAAGCGCCGCCAUCACGAAGAAUCAUGAUGAGAUUGAAGAACAAGACUUGCAAGAAUUACAUUUAGAUGAGGAGGAAGACUGUGAUGCAUUACCACAACCUACUCAUAAUUUUUACUCCCUGGCCAACUCCUCAUCAUCGAGUUUUACUUCAGUUCCGCCACCAUCACAUUCAAAUAAUGUUGCUGCUACUACUACUACUGCUACUGCUACUGCUACUGCUACUGCUACUGCUACUGCUACCUCCUCAGCUCAACCACCAACACCAUCGUUUUCAACUCCUACGCGACAAAGAUCAGGAGCCAAAGCACAUCGAUACCAAAUAUUCUAUGAUCAAUCGAACCGCAUCUCCAAUGCUAUGAGAGGAUCGGCCGAGAGUAUUGAUCGAACAAGUACAAACACCCCACCAAUGUCAGCUACAGGUACUGCACAACCACCACAAUCCCCAUCAACAUCAAUUUCGGCUACUUCAACCAACUCUAUUACUGCAUCUCAAACAGUAUCAGCCAACAACAUUAGCCAUCAAACACCACUACAUUUACAACAACAACUACAACCAGGAUCACGCAAAACGAGAUACCUUAGUCAUUAUUCGUCGUUGCCUACACUAAAGAGUAAACGCUCAUUUUCAUCAAUACGGUAUAACGAGUUGAAGAGGAUUUCAUCACCAACUAGAGAAUAUUACCGAUUACAAUCAACAUUGUCGCCGUCAAAACACAAUGGGAAUGGAUUUAAUAACACUGUGCAUUUCAAUCAUUACAAUAAUAACCAUAGCAAUGGCAAUGGCAAUAUCACUGGCAAUAGCAAUGGCAAUGGCAAUGGCAACAACACGGCUGUUCCUAUUGAUUUGGCAACAACGUUGCACCCACCGGUACCGCAAUGCUCCACUCCAUCCACAUUAGCGACUCAAUCCACCGCGGAAUCAGUGUCAACUGCCAUCAGUGAUAAACGCGGAGACGCUUCAACCAGUCCCAUUAGUGUUAAUUCGGAAAUUUCAUCAAUGGUUAUUACAGAUGGCAAAUCAGUGAGUCGACAAGCAGAAGUGGAGGCGGGCGUGGAGGCGGGCGUGGAGGCGGAGGAGGAGUUAAACAACUCAGAAGCUACCACCGCCGAUGCCGCUGCUAAACCGGUAGUUGUUGUUUCCACUCGGGAUCUAGAUUCCUCGCUGCCAGCACUUGAUUCAGCGUCAACAAUCUCAUCACAUUUGUUCCCCAUUCCUCAACUGGGACACAGUAAUGAUAAUCUGAUUCUGCUUCCAAGUGAAUCUACAAUACUGAAUAAACUGUCGCCAAGAGGAGUUGAUUUAGCCACCACCACCACCCCAACUACCAUAGACAAUGAAACAAUCACGUUAGAAUCAGCUAGCUCAACUCAGUUGAAUAAGAUCCAUCCACAUAUUGUCUUGGCUCCUCCUCCUUCUGCAUCAUCACCAUCAUCAGAUAUACACAACGCACAAGCGCUGCCUUCUCCAACUACACUGACAGUCAAACAAUCGCACUCUUCAUCAUCAUUGAAAAAGCUGAACAAUUUGGGAAGGCCAAAGUCACCAUCCAAAUCAACCUCUCGUCGACCUUUAUCAUCAGCAGAAUCAAAUUCUUUUAAACAAACUCAAAUUCCACCACCGAAAAAGACUUUGGAUGCACCAAUGAGCAAGUAUGAAUAUAACAAGUAUCCAAACCGAGAAGCAAAACUGAGCAAAAUGACGAUGACUCGCAUAGGCAGCAAUGCUGAUGCCGUAUCAUUCUCAUCCAAUGCAUCUUCCUCUUCAUCAACGACGCUUGGUUUGAAUGAAAUUGGCGUUGGUGGAGCGGCCUUGUCUAUCACUUUGACCAAUGAAGCGAAAUUGAAACGAGGAGGACAAGUUGAUGCAGCAGUAGGUCCCACAACUAGAAGGCGAGGGGGAAACAGGGGUGGACAUACCAGAUCAAAGAGUAAUGUUGAAGAUUCAUUGUCGCUGGCGGGGAUGAAACGUAGCUCAAGGUUUUUCGACUGGUUAAGGAAAAAAUGA